GGUUUCGACGCGAGCGGCGAUCGACUUGGGACUCCGCUCGGGUACUUUCCUUGUCCGAUUUGGUUUCGUCAACGUGGGAAAUAAAAGCAAGCACGCAGGGCAACUAGGGAUCAGAUCGUAUCGGUGGUCUAGCUAAGCUCGAGGGUUUCGCUUUCGCCUACGUGUUGUGUUCCGAGGCCGUCCUGCACAGCAAAUCCAUCGGCAUGUCCAGCGUGGCGCUGCUGCGCUCUCUGCUCCGGCGGAUUCCCGGCCCCGUCAGGCCGCUGCCCCGUACGGGGCCAGCAGCCGUGCACGGCGCACCGCCGGCGGCGCCGCCGGCCUCACGCCGGCUCAUGAGCACCGCCGAAUCUCAGGUUGAAUCUAGCAGCUGGAAGGCAGCGGCGGAGAGGCACCAGCAGAAGCAUCCUUUGGGGGAUGGGUUUGCUGCCGUCGAGGCCAGGAUCAAAGCGUUCGACGAACAAAGCGCCAAGCUGCGUAAAGAAUUUUACAAGAGCUUCGACGCUGCAACGCGAGCAUUGGAUGAGCAAAAAAGACAUAUGGACAAGAUGAGGAAAGUUGCCAAGGCACUAUGGGUUGUCUCCGCUGCUAUACCAACGGUUGGAAUACUAGCGAUCGACUACUGUAAUCGUGUCUAUCAACCGUAGGAUGACGGGGUAUCUAGCUAUUUGCAUCUAUCUAGUGCUUAGUAUUAGACUAGCUAGCUUGUUUGUGAUCAAUCACAUGCAUGUACAUGUGGGGCCAUCAUAUAUAAAUCUUUCUUUAUUUUAUUUCGUCAAUUGUUAAUUGGAGUUAUCCCCAUCUUUAAUUUCAUGGUAUUAACCAUGUCUAAGAAGACAAUGUCCAGGGAUUAUAUAUAUAAUAACUACAAUUGCA